CUCCCGAGUGCUCACCAGAGGGACACCACAUCCUCCGCAAUCCCUACCGCAGCACCAGGUUUGACUCCCUGGAGCUGCAGCAAACGGCUCUUCAGGACCUGGUUUGUGACCACUCCUUGCCACCAGCAUGGUACCGUUUCAUGAUCGACAGCAGGCCUGCCGAAAUGCCAACGAGAUGUGUCGAAAUGAAUAAAUGCGGGACACAAGCUCCGGUGUGGCUGUCGCUGAAGUCCGAAUCCCUGCCAGUUCCUGGUGAAAGCAAGCGGCUUACAGCCUGUGCUACCUGGCAGGUCUUCUUCGGGGGCACCGAGGACUGCUGCUUGUUUCGGAUACCCAUUGUCGUCAGGAACUGCGGCGAGUUCUUUGUGUAUCUCCUGCAGCCUACUCAAGGAUGCAUGGGCUACUGCGCGGAAGACACACUCACAAGCUUGGCUUUGCAACCAGUGAUAACUCCCGAGCUCGUGCAAGGUCGUGUCCACCUGAAGUGCACUUACAGCCGUCCCUCCUCGAAGCCACCACUGCAGUACAUGGUGACCUGGUCACGCCUCUCCUCCCCUGGCAAGAAAGAGCAGAUCCAGCGUGACACCACCCCGCAGUCGUUUUCCUACGUAGAGAUGAACGGCGUAACUCUCCGACUGGGAGACACGGUGUUUUGCACUGUCACUGCGUUUACGAGGGACGCUCCUGAGCAGCAGUCGUUGCCUGAAGAGAGCAAAGGUUUCUAUGCUGGGAUUAAGUUUUUACCAGAAUCAUUACAAAUUGCAGAGGAUGGCAGAGAGCAUGUUUUGACCGUUCUGAGUACUGUACCCAUUGCCUGUCCUGGUCACGAUGAUUCCUGUAAAAUUACUUUACAGCUAAGUGCUGAGGAUUUGGGCCUCGAUAAAGCCUUUCAGUAUCUCAGUGAGAAGGAGUGCAUGGUACAGGAGCUCUCACAUAGCCAAUUACUGGGGCCCCCAAACAUCGCCCUUUCAGCGUGCCAGGUGGAUCUGCUGCAAGCACCCUGCUCGGAAAGCAGCUGUGCAGAAGCCACGCUGACAGUGACAGCCGUGACAGACUUUGCUCAGGAUGGGAACCGCAUCAGCCGCAUCCAAGCUGAGCCAGUUGGACGGAGGGAUUUGCUUUGGAGGGCUUACACGCCAAAGGAUGUGAAGGUCACAGUUCGAGACCUCCCAACAGGGAACUGCUACUCUUUCACUGAUCCACACAUUAUCACAUUUGAUGGAUGGCGCUACGAUAACUCUAAAAUCGGCACCUUCCUUUUGUGCCGGAGCGCGGCGCGGGCGUUCGAAGUGCACAUCCUGUUCCCUUCGGGAGCGUUUGUGCGAGCCGACGUGAGCGAGUGGGGAAUGGGUUUGACCGUGAGGGUCCCGAGCAGCGACUUCAACAGCACCAGAGGUUUGUGUGGCCUCUUUGACGGGAUCGGUCACAACGACCUGAGCAAUGUGCCCGAGGAAGACUUCAUAGAGGAGUGGAGAUUACCUCCAGGGAAGAGUUUAUUUGACAAGACUCCAGCACCUUCUGAGGGGAAACAGAGGAAAAACUACUGCAGAUGUCAGAAGGAAAGCAAUAGGUCUGUGUCCAUGAUAAACAUGCUCCAGGCUCCUUUACCUCAAUCUUCUGGUUGCCAUUAUGAUCAUGUGGAUUACACCUCUGCUAUCCCGUACCUAGAUGUUACGUCAGAGUUUGUCCCUCUCUCAGAAACAGAGUCGUCUUUAAGAAAAGAUGGGAAACUGCCGGCCAAGUCUUUUGAUCACAGAUACCUGACUAAAUCAGUCCAAAAACGAGGUAGCCCUGAGGACCGAUUAAAACGCCUCGCACACGUUUCCAUGAAAAACAACAGUUCCAUUAACUCUACCAAAACAACAGAAGACCCAAGGAGAGCAAAAAGACAAGGAGAUUAUUAUGAAUAUUCAUCCUUUCGCUCAUUGCAUGGCCCAAACCAGAGAGACUCAGAGAGCUUUGCAUAUUUUUUCCCAGAGGAUUACUUUGAAGGGAUUCGGACAAAACUUCCACUGUCAUGGCCCACUCCCAAUGGCCUAACCGCUGCCAAAGCUCGGGAGAUUUGCCACCAAAUUCUUGCAAAUUCCACCAUUGGCUUAGCGUGUAAAGAUCUCCUUGGAAAACAGAUGGAUGAGGUAAUUGAUAUAUGCCUUUUAGAUCUGCAGCUCAAGGAUGACGUGGCCUGGGUGAGGGCACUGGUAGCCCUGUUGGAAAACGAAUGUGAAAGAAGAGUGCUAGGAAACAGAAAUAGAGUGUUUCAUUUAGGAAACCAGCCAUCUGCUAGCCAGGAGGAAAUCCUCACCGUUCUCCGGUGUCCUGCUUUCUGUAACGGCAAUGGACAAUGUACUGAACUGGGCUGCCAGUGCUUUGAAGACCACAGCUCUUAUGACUGUAGCAUUGCCAAAA